AAGACCAACUCUCUCAUUAUCAGAAAUUAAAGAAGAAGACGACGACCAACUCUGCAACUAUCAAAAAGAAUAGAAGAAGAAGACCAACUCUCCCCCACUCAAAUCCCUAAGCAAAUGCAACUCGUCAAGAUAAUCUUCAUUGUAGCUAUAACGACGGCUUUCUCUAUCGCUCUCACAAUGAAAAGUGUUGUCGAAGUUGAAGAGAAACCACCAUAUGAGCAUAGUAUUGAUACAUCAACGACAUUGUCACAAGGGCUUAGCAUGCAUGAUGAGAAGAAGCUAAUGCCUUCAAAAAGGUUGAGUCGGUUCCUCACAGAAGAAAAAAACCCUAGAGCAGCUGACCACUGCUACAAAGACAAUGAAAUAUGCCAUAUUCAGCAGGGUAAAAACCAUAAAUGCUGCAGCAACAAGUGCAUGGACUUAAAUACAGACAAACACAACUGCGGUUCAUGCAAGAGAAAGUGUAAAUACACAGAAGAUUGUUGCAGAGGAGAGUGUGUACUGCUUUCUCUUGAUAAGAGGCACUGCGGGAAGUGCAACAACCGGUGCCAGGACGGAGAAUUUUGCGUCUAUGGAAUGUGUAAUUAUCCAUAAGAAGGAAUUGGGUUGAGGUUCGUUAUUUAUUCAUAAUACAAUAAAAAAAAAAACCCGCAUUUGGGUGGUCCUCCCACGAUUUAUAUUGCUAA